AUGGAGCUUGAAAAUAUUGCCAUAAUGUAAUAAAUAUCGUCAUCCUUAUUUGCAGCUAUAACAGCUAUGCUUUUAAAAUUAGUCUAAGGAUUAGAUUUUAACUAAACUCUAUAUUUAAGAGCGUUAUGUAGUUUCAUUUUUCUUGUAUGUGCAGUCAAGCAUUAUAAGCUACAGACUUGCAACUUUGAUUAGAAGAAUAUGCAAAGCUUAAUAUAGAGAGGAAUGCUAGCGAGCUUUGGUGCUUUCAUGUAUUUCAAAGGAUUAGAUCUAGUAUUAGUCUCUGAAUCUAUAAUUUUGAAUAGAAUGUCUCCACUAUGGACUUCAUUCAUUUAGAUUGUGAUUUUAAAAAAGGAGCAAUUUAAUUUCAGAUUAUUUUUGAAUAUGCUGCUUUGUGGUUUAGGUAUAUAUUUAGUCACAAGAAAUAAUACUAAUAAAAAGUAAACGAAUGAUGUGGAAAAUGAAUAUUAUCAUAUAAUAGGGAUAAUACUUAUAUUGUUGGCAUCUAUUUCUUAAGCAAUUGUAAACAUUUUAAUUAAAUAAAUGGAUAAAUAAGUAUCAUUUUAUAUCUAAAUUAGGUGGAUAGUUUAGUAAUCUCUUGUUAUCAAUCCUUUUUUGGAAUAAUCUUCCCUUCAUUUAAUUCAAUAAUAAAUGGAUCUACGUAAAUUUUUUGAUUAUAUUAGUUAUAUAAUACCUUCUUUAAAUGAAACUCUAAUGAUUUUCAUUAUUACUGUAGUAUCUAUUUUAGCAGGAUAACUAUAGGUAUAAGCUCUAAGAUAGGGAAAAUUAAGUGUGAUCUCUAAUGUUAGUUAAAUUUAAAUAUUAUUUGGUUACUUAAUAGACUUUUUUGUUUUUAAGAUAAAAUUUAGUGGAAAAUAGAUUUUAGGAAAUAUAUUAUUAUUAUUUUCAUUAAUUCCUCUAAUUUGGAAAUGA